AUGGCGGAUCCGGAGCUUGAGUGGGGAUUAGUAUUCCACGCCGACGAGAGCAUUGAUAUCCUAUACUCUCCUUGCUUCGACAUAGGAUUUGAAGACGACGCCACAAUCGAAGAAAUCGCAAUUCCUACAUUGAUUCACAUCAGUAUCUGUUUGUUUAUAUUGUUCAUUGCAGAUGUCAACCAAGCUAUUGCUUGUUCUUAUUUUUUAUCAUUAUUCUUGCUCUACAGGUUUGCACGCGUCGGUUCAGUUGUUCUAGCCAUUCAUGAUGCAAGUGACAUAUUUUUGGAGAUUGGAAAGAUGUCAAAAUACAGUGGCUAUGAGCAAAUAGCAGGCUUCUCAUUUCUUCUCUUUGUUGCUUCAUGGAUUAUACUUCGCCUGAUAUACUAUCCUUUUUGGAUCCUUAGAAGUACCAGCUAUGAAGUUGUAUUGUCGUUGAACAAAGAGAAGCAUAAGUUUGAAGGCCCAAUAUACUAUUAUGUGUUCAACACACUUUUGUUUUCAUUACUAGUGCUUCAUAUUUUCUGGUGGGUGUUGAUCUACCGAAUGCUUGUAAAACAAAUCCACUUGAGAGGCCACAUUACUGAUGAUGUUCGAUCUGAUUCUGAAGGUGAAGAAGAACAUGAAGAUUGAUUGAAUGUCAUGAUCUACAAAAUGUUAAGAGUUCAUCAUAUUCAUCAUUUUAUUUGAGAUCAUCACUUAGGCUUCAUUUGGGACGAUUUUCUUAUUGAUUCUUAAAACAACUUUUUAGUACAAAAUUUUUAAUUUUUGUACUAAAAGCUGCUUUAAAAAACAAUAAGAAAGCCGUCUCAAACAGAGCCUUGGUUGUUUUCUAUGAUCACUAUAACCUCUCAUUAUCUGCCAUUGGUGAAAGAAAAUGAAGCAUUUCCUGCUUUUUUGCAUCAGAAACUUACAAUCAAGCUCCACAACCAUGAACUCAAAUGUUUUGUUUUGCUAAGUUAUGAGUGCUUGCCAUCCGACAGAGAUGACUGAUAGUUGUAGGAAUUUGUACAUCAAUUUAGGGAGUUUUCAGAUGGUAGGUUUAAGGGAGUGUGGAUCAACUUGAACUCAUUGUUCUAUCUUUUUACCCAGAAUAUGUGUUCUUGUGUCCGUUCUGAUUGAUUGCAUUCUCAGCCUAUCUAUUAGCUGGAUUAUAAUUAUUUCACUGUACUUGAGAACAUUUAUUUCUGUUUAACUGAUAACGUGUUAAUAAGAAUGAACCGAAUAGACGGUUAGAUUCUUUGAGGGGGAAUGAUAUUGCUGUUGAUGCCA